ACCAUCACUUCACAGAAGACAAGCAUGAGUGCGGAGGCGGCGACGACGGAGGUGGUGCUGGCGCGCGAGUGCGAGUACCGCGUGGAAGUACCGCCACAAACAGAAGUGGGUAUCAAGCUUAAGAGUGGAUCGGCCGAGCUCUUUGGCGUGGAGCUGGCCAUUGAUCAUGAGUACGUGUUACGUGAUCGCAAAGUGGCUAUUUUCACAUGGUAUGGCUGCACGCUGGAGGUGCGUGGCGCUCCCGAGGAGGCCUACACGUCAGAGGAGACGCCUAUGGACAGCUACCUUAACAUCCACGCUCAGCUGCAGCGUCGUCGCGAACUGUCCAAGGUUAAACAUGCCGCUGGCCCACGGGUGCUUGUCUGUGGACCCGUGGACAGCGGUAAGUCCACGCUCACGCAGAUCCUCGCCAACUACGCUCUGCGUCUAGGCGAAAAGCCCACGCUCGUGGAGUUGGAUGUGGGUCAAGGCUGCCUGAGCGUCCCGGGAACGCUCUCGGCGUCGCCGCUGGACAUGAACUCGCUCAGUAUUGAGGAGGACUUCAUCCUGACCAAUCCACUAGCCUACUUCUACGGCCACACUGCGUCUUCUGAAAACAUCGAGCUCUUCCGCUACCAGCAGCACCAACUGGCUAGGGCAGUGAAGAGAAGAUUGGCUAAUGAUGGGGAAGUAAACGCGUCUGGGUGCGUCAUCAACACUUGCGGCUGGGUGGACGGCGCAGGCUUUGACCUACUGGUGCACGCCAUCAAGGACUUCGACGUCGACGUUGUGCUGGUCAUCGGUCAGGAUAGACUCUACAGCCGCCUACAAAGCGCGCUGACGGGUGCGAACGCGAAUGGCGUGGAUAGGUCCAUCGUCAAGCUGUCGCGGUCGGGUGGAGUGGUCCCGCUAAACAGCAAAAUGCGCUCGGCGGCGCGUAUCAGCUGCAUUCGCGAAUACUUUUACGGUGCUCACUCGCUGAGUCUAGCAAUCCCCACGCUGUCGCCCUGUAUCAAUGAGUUCUCGUUCGAUGACGUUUCAUUCUUCGCGAUUAAAGACAUGAAGGUGUCGGACGUGAUGCUUCCAGUGGGUCAAGUGGAGACGCAGACCGACCGCCUGCGCGUGGUGUCCGUGGAGAAAACGGCUGACCUUGGGCACUCGUUGGCGGCUGUUGCACACCCGCGACACGGCCAAGACGCUUCCUCCUUCUCGUCAGCAGACCUCUCGUGGCUCCUAGGAGCCCCUGCAGCAGGCUUCGUGUUCAUUAAGGAGGUUCGAGUGGCCGAACAAAAGCUGGUGCUGCUUGUGCCGUCACCGGGUCCGCUGCCUUCGCGCAAUCUGUUGGUGGGCUCUAUCAAAUGGAUGGAGUAGAUUUUCACCCAAAUACAGUUAGCUUCUAGUGAACGAGUUCGCAUUAUUACGUGCCGUC